AUCCAAUAGUCACUAUAGUGAAUAACAAAAAAACAAAAAGCACAGCAAUUCAAUGAGCUUCCAAAAAGGAAACACGAUAACCCCGUAGCCCCUCUCCCAAUCAGAGACCUAAGGACACGUUAUCGAAACAGGAACUUUUAGUUAUAUUUACCACACCUAGCGCUUUUUUGUUCAUCCGUAGAAGGAAAACAAAUAAACAAACCUAAAAAAACAACCCCAAGCAAUUUUUUUUAACAUAGUUAACGAUGCAAAUUCUCAUGAAAAUGGCUCUCACAAGGACGACCGCGGCGUGGAUUCUUGCGCUUGUCAUUCUUCAGGUGUCAGGU